AGUUCUUAUUUAUAUUCUUAUUAGUAAUUUCAAUUUUUUUUCAUUAUUUUUCCGUAGAAAAUUUUCAUUAAAGGAUUUUAAUUUUUUAUGUAAAUAUCGAAAAAUCGAUUAAAAAUUAUCGAUUGUUCGAUUAAUCGAUUUGGAGGUUACACACUAUUGUUGUUAUUCUUAAUAUACCGUGGGUGACCGUGGUAGAGCACAGUCAAGCACAGUAGAGCAUAAAAAGUUGUGUAUUGAGAAAUUGCAAUAAUAUAAAAAAAAGAAAAAUAAAUAAAUAAAUAAAAGAAAAAAAAUUAUUAACGCGCACCAAUGAGCUUAGUAAUAAUAACAACUCUCGAAUCAAUUUGGUGUGGAGAUUUUUUUGUAUCUAAAAAAGUGUAAUGCCUGGGAGUCGCUCUAGUACCGCUGCUGAUCCAGAACAUAAAUCACCACGUGAAAGUAGUGAAGAUUCUGAAGAUGAGAGUGAAAUUUUGGAAGAAAGUCCCUGCGGGCGGUGGCUGAAACGGCGAGAAGAGGUUUACGUAGGUUCCAAAUCAGCUGUGGCCGGUGCUGAAGGUGCUAAUUUUUCUGGACAAGGUAUGUCAAGAGGAUUCGAGAGAAAAGUAUCAGAAUUGGAGGUAGGACAACGUGAUGUUCCAGGAAUUGACUGCGCUUAUUUGGCAAUGGACACUGAGGAAGGUGUCGAAGUUGUAUGGAAUGAAGUGCAAUUUUCAGAACGCAAAGAUUUUAAAGCACAAGAAGAAAAAAUUCAACUAGUUUUUGAAAAUUUAAUACAAUUAGAACAUCCAAGUAUUGUUAAGUUUCAUAGAUAUUGGACUGACACUCAUAAUGACAAACCACGAGUAAUAUUUAUAACAGAAUACAUGUCAUCUGGCUCACUCAAACAAUUUCUCAAACGCACAAAACGCAAUGUAAAAAAAUUACCACUACAAGCAUGGAAACGAUGGUGUACACAAAUUUUAUCAGCAUUAAGUUAUCUUCAUUCUUGUUCGCCACCAAUUGUUCAUGGUAAUCUUACAUGUGAUACAAUAUUUAUUCAGCACAAUGGCCUAGUAAAAAUUGGUUCAGUUGCACCCGAUGCGAUACAUCAUGAUGGACGAACCUGUAGAACAAAUGUUAAAAAUAUGCACUUUGUUGCACCAGAAUAUGGAAAUUUGUUGACACCGGCAAUUGAUAUAUAUGCUUUUGGAGUUUGUGCCCUUGAAAUGGCUGCGUUAGAAAUACACGGAAAUGGCGAAAGUGGGACUCCUGUUACUGAUGAAAAUAUUAAAAAAACAAUUGAGUCAUUAGAUGAUCCUCAACAAAAAGAUUUUAUAAGAAAAUGUCUUCAAUCAGAGCCGCUUAGUAGACCAAGUGCCCGAGAAUUAUUAUUUCAUCCAAUAUUAUUUGAAGUUCCUUCGCUUAAAUUACUUGCUGCACAUGCUUUAGUAACGUCAGCAACCAAUAUAUCUGAAACAAUAACAGACCAAGUUUUGCAAAGAUUAUAUGGACCGGAUACAGUAGUCGCUGAAAUAAGAUAUCAAAAUCAAUUAUCAUCUUCCACCGCCAUAUCAUCAAUAUCAUCAUCAUCAUCAUCUUCAUCCUCGUCUUCAUCAUCAUCGUCGUCACAACCGCCACUACACCAAAUUCGAUUGAGUGACAUAUCUGUCACCGAGAAAUUGGAAAAAUUUGUCGAGGAUGUCAAAUAUGGGAUUUAUCCUUUGACCGCAUACAUGGCUAAACUACCUCCACCUUCGGCAGUUCGACCUCGAGCAAUAUCACCUGAAGUUACUGAAUCAGUUAAAUCUGUUACACCUGAACCUCUUACUCCAGAAGCCCGUAGGAUAGUUCAUAUGAUGUGUAAUGUUAAACCUAGUGGCGGUGGUUGUGAUAAUUUAGAAUUAAAUAUGACAAUAUUGCUGAGAAUGGAUGACAAAAUGAAUCGUCAAUUAACAUGUCCUGUUACUGAAACAGAUACACCACUUAUACUUGCACAAGAUCUUGUUGAUAAUGCAUUCAUAAAUGAGAGUGAUCGUGACGCACUGGCCCGUUUAAUGGAGGAAACAAUACGAAGUUUUUAUAACAAACAAAAAAUGCGACCAACAAUGGUAUCUUUAACAAAUUUGCCAGCAUCAUUGCUACUUCCUGAACCAGAAUUACCCCGUAUACAAGAUUUGGAAACUUUGAAUCAUAAUCCAUCAUCAACAUCACCCCCAUCAUCAGUAACCUUAACUACAUCAGUAUUUAAAAAUGACGUUAAAAAUAUUACACAAAAUGAUUUAACAUCAGUGGUUGCAAUAUCAGGAACAACGGAAGCAAUAUCAUCCACGUCGUCUUCAUCAUCUGCUUCAUCAUCAUCAUCAAUGAUACCUUCUACCAGCUGUAGCAAUGCUGAAGCUCCACCUUCUACAACAACAACAAAUAAUGAUUCAAUAGUAAUUACUAAUAAUAAUAAUUCAGGAGACAUUGAAUCAGCUGUGGUGGCUGAUAGUAUUUGCUGAUAGCAUUCGCGGCUCCAGUUAACCAAAAUACUUAUAAAUACACAUAAAUAUUGUGUGCCACGAGCACAAAUAUAUAGGCUGUAUUUUUAUAUACAUAUAAGACGUAAUAUAAAGCCUUUCUCUCUUCUUCCCCUUCGUAUAUAUAUAUAUAUAUAUA